GCCCGAGGCGUUCGGACGUGUCGGAGCUGGACGCGGAGCUUUCAGGCGGGGAGGCUCUGGAGAGACACUGCGCGGUCUGUCGCACUGAAGCCGGGUGUGGGUGCACUGCUGGCGGCUGCGCUUCCAGCUGCGUGCCGCUGAAAGCUGCAGGACUGAGACAUGUACCAGGUCCAGCUGGUCGGGGAGCAGCAGGAGAGCCGGCCCCUACUGAGCCCCUCCAUCGAUGACUUCCUGUCGGAGAGCCGGAGCGACACCCCCUCCGCCCGACCGCUCACCUCCAACACAGCAGUUCUGUCCACAGCUCUGGAUCUGGUGGACCUCAGCGAGCUGGGGGAGAGAAGCGGGGGGAGCAACAAGGAGCGGAGGAGGAGCCCUCUGAGGAGGAAGGGCAGCUCGAAGAGUCCACGCCGCCGAGUCAAACCCGAGGAGACGGAGCUGAUCCAGGUGCAGGUGGAACACCUGCCCGCUAGUCCCAGAACACCUGAGAGGAUCUCCCUAGACUCAGUCAGCCUGUCGUCUCCUCUAGAGAAAUGGGAGGAGGUGAAACUGGACGUGGAGGACAGCGGGCGCAGGAGGAGAUACGAGAAGAGAUGCACCUCCCAUCACUCGUCCAGUGAACUGCUGUGGUCUGCAGAGUUUAAAACCGACCCGCUGACCAAGAACAGCUUCAACAUUCACAGCUUCGACGACCUUGACUUCAUUUCUUCAACACAGGACUGCGGGGCGUCCCGGCAGCGCAGACGGACUCGCUCUCUGCUGGUCAGGAACGAGUCUCUAGAGGACGAGUUUGUCCGGGCGAAAGCUGCUGUGGAGUCGGACACAGAGUUCUGGGACAAGAUGCAGGCGGAGUGGGAGGAGCUCGCUCGGAGGAACUGGCUGGAGGACUCCGAGGACCAGCGGCCGAUCCCGCCCACCGUCUCACCUGCAGAGAAGGGUUACUAUUUCAACACCAACAACCCGUACAGAGACUGGCCCAACGCCUUCGCCGAGGCUCAGGAGAAAGCUCGGGAGGGAGACCUGAACACUGCCGUGCUGCUGCUGGAGGCCGCCAUCCUGCAGGACCCGCAGGACUCAGAGGCGUGGCAGCUUCUGGGGAUGACUCAGGCUGAGAAUGAGAACGAGCAGGCUGCCAUCGUGUCGCUGCAGAGGUGCCUGGAGCUCCGCCCCAACAACCUGCCGGCCCUCAUGGCGCUCGCCGUCAGCUUCACCAACAGCGGCAUGCAGCGAGAGGCCGGUGACGUGCUGCGCCGCUGGAUCUGUCACAACCCGCGAUAUAAACACCUGGUCCAGGACAGCAGGAGUCCACUACGGGGCUCCCCGGCCAUGCCGCGCAGGGGCCACCACACCUCCACACAUACCAGGUGUGAGCUGCAGAAUGUGCUGCUCCUCUUCCAGGAGGCAGCUCUGCUGAAUCUGGACUGUGUGGAUCCCGACCUGCAGACCGGGCUGGGAGUCCUCUUCAACCUGAGCUCAGACUUCGACAAGGCGGUGGAAGCUUUCAGUGCAGCACUGUCUGUCAGGCCGCAGGACUACCUGCUGUGGAACCGUCUGGGAGCCACACUCGCCAACGGAAACCGCAGCGAGGAGGCGGUGGAGGCGUACACCAGAGCUCUGGAGCUGCAGCCCGGAUUCAUCCGCUCGAGGUACAACCUGGGAAUAAGCUGCAUCAACCUGGGAGCGCACAGGGAGGCAGUCAGUAACUUCCUCAUGGCGCUGAACCAGCAAAGGCGGAGUCAGCGUUGCAGCCAGCAGCAGAUGUCGGCUAACAUCUGGGCCGCCUUGCGGAUCGCCAUCUCAAUGAUGGAUCGCCCCGAGCUGUUCCAGGCCGCCAACAUGGGCGACCUAGACCUGCUGAUGAGGGCCUUCGACAUGAGCGACGUCUGACGGCGAGUCCUGGGAGGGCGGAGCCUUGCUCCCAGAGUCACGGGAGCUCAGUUGGAUGCCCAAGUUGAAACCAGACAGCGAGGGAACGGCGCAGGCCUUUAGCUUCCUGUUUGUAGCUCUGCAGUCUCAGCGCCGUCUGCAGGUCUGAACACGAUCAGGUCGAUCAUCUUAUCACCUUUAACAAAAAGAUUGAAUUCAGCUCCUCCUCUUCCUCUUUGUCACCUGCUGCUGAUUUUUCUCUCCUCAUCGUUCUGUCACCUGGCUCCGCCCACUCUGCCCCUCUGCGCUCGGUCUCUUGCUUUGUGUUAAUGGGACCAGAAUUUAGAAAAUAAACUUUGUUUUUUAUUGAAUCAGACAUGAAACCAGCGAAUCAUCAGGAAAGACUUCCCUGCGCUCAUUUUCUCAUGGACUUGUAUAUAGUUGGACACCGGAGUCGCCCCCUGCUGGACACCCUGUUAUGUCCAAACCCCAGAAUCUCUUCAGCGGUCGUUCUCACCUCUGUAGCUUUUCUAUCGGCACCGUUCACUUGCAGCACGUCUUUCAGCUCAGGUUUUAAAAACUCACAGUGUCCGUGGACAUGAAGCUUAGCACCAGGUCCUUUCCUAACGAGUAAUCCAAACCACGGAGCUGCAGGAGUGAGGAGAAGCAGAACACGCCCACUUUAAGGCUUUUCCCUCCCAUGUUUCUUCACCUUGUUACUUUUAACCCUUUAAAGCCAUAAAACAGCAGCAGGGGUCUGUUAGCAAAGAACCAGGCUGCAAAAAAGUUUCCACCUCUGCCGCGAAAAGGCAGAAACUCGCCUCUGUGUGUCGCCUCCUGCAGGGAACAGCUGGUACUGCAGCAGCAUUUAUUUUAAUCAAACCAAGAGGACACCUUCACACCUGAGAUCAUGUGUCGUGUUCAAAUAUUUUCCAAAGGAAUUCAGGAGAAAUAUCUGUCGUUUAAAAAGAUUUAAUUUGCUUUGGCAAUUGAAAUUACAGUUAGUUACAGUGCUGGACCUCUGUGUGACACCGCCGUCUGUCUUCACACAAAGGAUGACCCUCAGCGGGCCGCACAGCUUCUUCCAGAACCAACGUGGCAGUCUGCUGGAUCCCUACGAAUCCUCCCGUCCGCUUACCUCCGACCUCGCCUCGUAUCUGCUCCUUCCUCUGUAAGAGACAGAAAAGGAAAACAUCCCUCUGCCUAGCCUUGAUCAUUUUAAUCCUACUGCUGAUUCGAAUAUCUAGUUCAGGACAUUCUGUUCAGACUCUCCCAGAGAAUAUCCCUCUAACCCUGAAGUGUAAUCAUGCUGCAAAACCCUCUGUGCUCUACGUCUACCCUUAAAUAUUUCAAAUCCAGUCAUGGCGCUGGACGAAGCUUUUAACCCUCAAACACGGAGCGCCAACAUGUUUAUGAGCACAUUUGCACUGUGUUUAUAAAAAAAACAAUAAAACAGCGUUAUUUAGUCAUUUUAAACCCUAACAUGUCUCACUGAUGCAGCGUCACUGAUUCAAUUCAAUUCAAUUCAAUUCAAUUUUAUUUAUAUAGCGCCAAAUCACAACAAAAGUCGCCUCAAGGCGCUUUCUAUUGUACAGUAGAUAGCACAAUAAUAAAUACAGAG